AUAACCUAAAACCGUAAUCUUAUUCUGCAAACACACGAAAACCAUCAACCUACCAACGUUCCACUUUGGUUUAAGUGGGUUCGGCGCUUGUUCUAUUUAAGUAAAGUUUCGAGUUCAAGUUCAUAUGAAUAUAAAAAAUUAAUGCUGCGAGAGCUUUAUCCCUUCGUGAGUCGACUCGACUCGAUUGGAUUAGUCGGGGCCCAAUUGAGAUUCUGGAUAUCAAGUUCACAAAAAAAAAAGAAAAAGAAAAAGAAUUCAACCUUCCUCCCCUCCAAGCCACCCACCAAAACCUCUAUAAAAAUGCUGCUUCUCUCAACAUCUCUUCCUCUAACUUAUCAAAUUAACCAUGACGGUCGUACGCUCCGUAAUCCCGCUUCUCCUGCUCCUCUGCCUAGUCGUCAACAUUCAGCAAUAUCGAGCUAGCAGAAUCCUCCACGAGCAGCAAGAAGUGGUUGACAAUGAAGAGCUCGUGAAGGUCGAAGGUGUCGGGGACCUGAACAUACAGUCCCUUCUGAGAGCUCCCUCCCCGCCUUCUGAAUCUUCGGGUUGCACCAACAUACCGGGCGGUGGGGGGCCCAGCUGCCCGAUGAGCGAGAUGCACUUCGCAGGGGAUGCCUUUGGGCAUCCCCGGGCUUACCCAAGGUCCACCAUCAGCCAGUUCGGAGUCACAGCUGAUCAGAAGCGGCAAUAGUCGGUCUCUCUUGGCCUCGUUCCCGACUCGUGAGGCUACCUAGACAUAUAUAGGCAGGCCAACUUUGACGUAUAUAGAUACAGAUACAGGUGACACAAGGAAAAUGUUGAAUUUGAUUCUCCCAUAUAAUUGAAAAUCACAAAGGAAAAAAUAAAAAAGAAAAAAAAAGAAGACAAUUUUUAUUGGUACAUAGAUCACGAGGAACAGCUUGAAUUUAUUUAAUUCAGCUCUUCAGACAACAUAGGGAUUCUUUUUUUUUUUUAAUUAAUUUAAACCACAUGGAGUAUAUUUAGUGGAAUCGUCACUUUUGUUAUAUUUUCUCUCUCUUUUGUUCAAACUGUUCAAUUGGUUGGGCGGAUAAGUCAUCCUUGUCAUGUACAUAUAUAGAUAUAAACAUCAUUUUCUCUUUAUUUGUUUA